GACAUGACAACCAAACUCAAGAUUCCACACGAUUGUGACGUCAUCUAUGACUCGCCACGGCAAAUAUUUUCGUUUUUUCUACCUGUCACACCUGACCGCCCGAAGCAAGCGACACACCUUUUGCGGUUACCCUGUUUACUCUCUUGUGCAGCUUGUUAUGUUCGUUAGCUUGAAAUUUAGGAGCGGUGAAAAUGCGGUGGUCGUCGUCCUGGCUCGCAGUUUUGCACCUUGGUUUAGCCCACGUCGCUCUUCUGGGCUGGGGCCUCGAUGACGUGACUUGGUGCACCGUGAGCGACAUGGAACACCUCAAGUGCACUGAGUUUGCCGAGGCGGUUCGUGCCAGCAGGACGUUCUCGUUGCAACUCAAGUGCAAGCGUGCCGCCUUUAAAGACCAGUGCAUGAACUUCCUCGACAAUGGCCAGGUGCACCUGGUGGAGCUUGAUCCCGGGGAGGUCUACUCGGCCGGUCGUUUCCACAGCGUCAUCCCCAUCCUGGCAGAGCGCUACGGGCCAGGCAGGGAAGCUGGCUACUACUCUGUGGCAGUGGUCCAUGCCAAGACAGAGUACAAGUCGCUCCUGGACCUAAAGAACAAGUCUGUGUGCUUCACGAGUGUGGGCGACAUGGCUGGCUGGGUCAUCCCCAUGGCCACCCUGGUGCAUGAGAACGUCCUUGAAGUAAGCGACUGCAACAACCUUGUCAAGAGCGCCUCGACUUUCUUUGGGCCGAGCUGUGCCCCCAACUCCCUCAUUGACAAGCACAACCCAACAGGUGACAAUCCGCAGAAGAUGUGCGAGCUGUGUGGCGGCCGCCCUGGGGAGCGCUGCUCGGGCAACGACCCUUACGCGGGCUACCAGGGGGCGGUGCGGUGCCUAGCGGAGCGCGGAGACGUGGCCUUUGUGAAGCACACGACCCUGGACGAGGUGCUGCGGGGGCGGAGCCAUGCCUUUCGCCUGCUCUGCCCAUCGGGGGACACGGCUGCUACGGACCAGUUCCGGUCGUGCAACUGGGGCUUUGUGCCGCCCAAUGUAGUGGUGACCACCUCGGACACACGGCUGGCCGUGCGGGAGCAGUACCAGGACUUCCUCAGGAGGGCGGUGAGCACAUUUGGCAAGCCACCGGUGGGCUACGAGAGCCCUUGGUUCCACCCGAACCAGACGAGCGGCAGCCAGAACCCCGACUGGAACUGGUCCAAUCAGAGCGUGUGGUCAGGGGGACAGCCUACCUCGCCGCCCUGGUGGCAGAGUUCCACCACAGAGCGGCCGCUGUUUGUCAACGCAACUGAGCUGUCGCGGUUCUACCUGUUUGCCAACGGGCCACGCUAUGGCAAUGCCACCAACCUCCUGCUGCAGGACCUGACGACGGAGUUUGUGCCGCUGCACGGGAACCAGCAGACCUUUACGGGAUACCUGGGCAAAGAUGUGGAGCUGUUCCACAAGUUGCGCAAGUGCCCAGUCCAUCCGGCCAAGUUGUGCGUGGUCUCUGACAAGGAGAUGGAGAAGUGCCAUCGAAUGAAGACUGCCUUCAAGUCACAGAUGCUGAAGCCAGACUUGAACUGCAUCAAGAGCGAGAGCCAUCUGCAGUGUAUGCACAUGAUCCGAAAUGGUGUCGCCGACUUGGUUGUUCUCGAGGCCGGGGAUAUCUAUCGGGCAGGCCAGUCACUCGGGCUGAUUCCCAUAAUCGCAGAACAGUACAAUUUGGAUGAACCAUACUACUACGUCGUGGCAGUGACUUUCCAAGGGGACAAGGAGACAGACCUGUUGACUCUCAAAGGGCGGCGGUCGUGCCACACGGGCAUCAACCAGGCGGCCGGCUGGGUGGUGCCCCUCAGCUUCCUCAUCAGCAACGAGCGGAUGCGGGCGUACACGUGCGACUCCCCACGCUCGGCGUCGGAGUUCUUCUCCAAGAGCUGCGUUCCGGGUUCGCUGUCGCGCGAGUUUGUGAGCUCCGAGCGCAGCUACAAGAACCUGUGCGACCUGUGCCACGGCAUGGGGUCCAACUUCUGCGGUCGCAAUGCGGCGGAGCCCUUCUACGGCCACACGGGUGCCUUUCGCUGCCUGGUCGAGGGCGGUGGCAACAUCGCCUUUGUGAAGCACACGACCGUGUUCGAGAACACGGCGGGCCGCAACAGCAUGUGGUGGGCACGAAACAUCUCGCCCGGAGACUUUGAGCUGGUGUGCCGCGAUGGCUCGCGACGGUCGCAGGACAAGUACGCCGAGUGCAACCUGGGCAAGGUGGCUUCCAAUGCAAUUGUCACCAGUCCCGGCAAGCCACAGCACGUGAUCGACGCCUACAUCGACCUGUUCGUGUACGCGCAGCAGUUCUACGGGUCCAAGUACAGCCAGGACUUCACCUUCAAGAUGUUUGUCUCCGAGUCGGCCUAUCGCGACCUCAUCUUUCAGGAUUCGGCACAGCAACUCAAACCAGUGCCUCUGGCACGCCGCAAUUACAGGGACUACCUUGGCUCUGACUUCCUGCAGGCGGUACGUCUCGUCGACUGCUCGGCGGCCGGCUCGCUCGCUGCCCGCCUCUCUCUCACGGUCGCACUGGUGUGGGUGGCUCGGCUGCUGGCCUGACCGGACCCUCGGGGAGCGCCUCCCUUGGUGCCCAGCACUCUGAACGGCAGGGAGUGUGCCCAAGUUUCUCCUUCAUCGCAAGCCUCCUACCUGGGGUGGUGAUUGCCGGUGCUUCAGCUUGCUUCACCCAUGUACAUGCAACUGAGGCACUGACGAAAGAGGUGGGCCAAGGGCAGACUACAUACUCGAAAGAGUGACAGCCUGUCGUUUCUGACCUGUUGGGGAAGACAUGCGGGGCAGUAACGUACGAAAACUCCGUCCAUUUUGUGAAAAGCGAGUGUAUUUUUUUGAAGUGGCAACUGAAAUUUUGGGUCGUCUUCCUGACCGGGCACACUUUAAAACACCCGUCCUGAUUCCCGAGUGUGUGAAAGCUAGGCAGCCACAGUCCUUUCAGUUCGAAAUGUUGCCCAAGAUUCAUUUCUGUCAUUCCACACGUGCAUUGUAUGAGCCAUCUAUUCCAAGUUUAGGUAGACAAUGGUGGCGUGGCUUUGAUCUUUGCUCAGAAUCUCUAUUUUUGGAGCGGGGGACUAUUUUGGGCACAGAUCCUUUUGAUCGUUUUAAAUGAGCAGAGCAUUGUUUGAAGUUAGAAGUUUAUUUAGUUUCUCACGGGCCAAGCUUGGUAAGGAGGUAGAGACAAAAGGCAUUUCUGCCUGACUGGGCCUCUACCACUAAUGUGGGAAAGGUAACCUGUCCUUCUGGCUAUUGUACAUGCAAGGUAUAGAUUUAAGAUCUGAAGAUUUGUAUGACUGAACGAUGGAUGGUGAAAAGUGCCUAUUUACUCAUAACAGUCAUGUGUUCAUUAUUACAGAAGCUUUUGCUUUUGGUGCAUGCUGGAAUUUAUACUUAAUAUGCAUCCCAUACAAAUACAUGGAGCAGCAUCAAGAAGAUUCAUUUCUGUUCAUAUUUUUUUAAGGUCUUGUUUUUUUUAAACAAUUGAGUCUAGAAAUUGAGGUUUUACAGAGUUGGUCAACACACUUCACGGGACCACUCCAGUUGUUUUAUACACAGUUAUCUCAUUGUUUGACAUUGGAGGGUGGAGAAUGAAGGGACCUCCUUUUUUUGGGUCAUUUUGUGGGCCUUGGGACCACAUUCACCCCAUCUUUGUGUCCACUCAUUCUAUGUGCCUUAGUAUUGCAGAAUCUCUAUCUGAGUAAUCAGACAUUUUUUUCAAAUAAACAUUUUCUUAUGAACAA